AUGUUGGGGAGCCUGUUGAGUCGCGUUCUCCACAAGUAUCUCAGCAGCUACGUAGAAGACGUCAGCACGGGAGAGGUGUCGCUUUGGGGCGGCGACGUCGUGCUGCGAGAUCUCCAGCUGAAGCCCGACAUCCUGGAAAAACUCGGAGGACCUGAAGCCCACCAACUCGAACUGGUGUACGGCGGCAUCAAGGAAUGCCGCCUCUGCAUUCCGUGGCAGAGCCUUCGAACGGAGAAUGUCAUAAUUCAUCUUGACCUUAUACAAGUCGUCCUGCGCCGUCGACGCAACGCAUCCGAAGCGGUUUCUCCACGCCGCCGACCCGCCCACGGCCCUGCGUUAACCGCCGCCAGCUCCCAAGGAGCAACCCCGAUUUCGUAUCAAGAGCACGAUGAAGUUUCCCUGUCCGAGCCACGGGCAGCAAGUGGGGAAAUACAGUCGACCGUUGCUUCGCCGAGCGCGAGUCCACGAGGGCGACGGCGGCGACGGGAAUCCGACAGCGACCGGCCCUCGCCCGCAGCGACGUCUCCUCGCCCUAGCCAGCGUGGCCGUCCCUCUCUUCCCUUUACGUCCUCGUCAGGCUCUUCCCCGCCGUCGGUCCCUUCUUGCACCGCUUCGUCGUCUGCGUCGGAUCCGAAGAAAUCUUCAGGAGGGAGCGACUCGUGGGUAAAGUCGAUUUUGGCCUCGAUUUUGUCGAACACCGCCAUUCGUAUUAGCAACGCCGUUAUUCGCUACGACGACGGCCCCCACAGUGCGUCGCUGUCUGUGGGGCUGCUUCUCCUUCAGCCGAGCGACAAGGCUGCGAAUCCGCUACCCCUUCCGUCGCCGCCCCUCGCUUCGUCGGUCAAGAAUGCAGGCGGGAUCUCCGCAGUGUCCGGAAGCGAGCGUCCCACGCCGAUCCCGCCUGCGAACCAGGCGGGGACGCCUCAUCCCCUUCUGGCUCUUUUAAAGUUUCAGCAGCCUGCGGCUUCUCUUAAGCCGCGUGAUGUCUCCGCCGAGGAGACGCGGCUCGCAGGCGUGUCCAGAAGUGCCAGUGGUGAGGGACGCUCACACGACGCAGGCGCAGGCACCCAAGAAAAUCUCGUUUUGCAUCGGCUCUUGCGCGUCAAGGAUCUUACGAUCUGCGUUGAAAGUCAGGAGGCACACGCGGCCUCCACGGAGUCGUCGUCGGGAUGCCGGUGGUGCACUGCAUCCGCUGGGCCUGGUCUGCCCACGAAUCGUCCGAGAGCAUCUUCUCUGUGCGCGUCUGUGUCGCCUGAGUGUCAUUUCGCACCUACGGCAGGAGGCGUGUCCACAGGUCUCAGUGUUGAACGCCUUGCAGCCUGUGCAGCGCCGUCGUCAUCUCUCGUUCCGUUGCCAGACUUCCAAUGCUCAACCCACACAGAAACGCGAGGGGUGCUUGCCGGAGACGCGAUGCACCCUGGAGAGUGCUCAAACGACUCGUCCGUCUCGUCGCAUUCUCUGAGUACCCCUGCGGGUCUGGGACAAAACGCGGUGCCCUCGGCGUCUGCUUGCGCGCUCCCCCAGAUUCAGGCAGGAUGUCCCUCGGCGCAAGCAGACGCCGCUGCGGCGCCGACCGCUGCGCCCUCGCCGUCGCUGCCGCGCCGCGGUUCCACCGCUGCAACUGGAGAAGACGGGGCCGGUGGAGGUCAGCGCUCGCAUUCUCCCGCGUCGGCCUCGUCCGCGUCCCUUCUCGCGUCUCCUGAUGCCCCGUCCGCGCGGCUGUCUGACCCUGUGAGCAUGCACAACAGGAGGACGGCGCACGAGCCGUCGCUGUCUCAACGGGGGGACAAGGCCGCAGACGGUGGUGGAAGUGAGCAGCCACCAGGAGCAGAUGCCCCGUGGCACUCGGCCAAGGGUACGGCUUGGGAGCAGUCCAUCGACCGCUGCGGGGCGACACCGCGCGCAUGCGUGGAGCCAGGCAGGCACUGUCGACAGCGGCGGCAUGUCACGAGGGGUCGCGCCGAACAGCCGGUGGUCCAUAGGUGGGGCUGUGAGAUUCAUUUUUCGCUUCCCCUGUCUCUCUUAGACGCCAGGGGCGAGCGGCGCGAUGAGCCCUGGACAGACGAGGGGGCGGGUACGGCGCGUCAAUGCGGCAGCCUAACUCGUGAGGCAACUUACCAGCGUGUACGACAUUCUUUCUGUGGUGACCCACGGAGCUCCGGCAGCGGGUUACUCACCUGGAAAGACAGCUGUGACGCAUGGCCCGACGGUGAAAGAGAGCACACGGUUGGAAUGGACGUGGGGAAAGCUGCCUCGCUCGGAACCGGGCACUACAGCGGAGACACUUCAGCCCUGGAAGAUAGCGACGACGAGCGUGAACUGUAUCGGCAGUCGCGGGCACAGAUCGCAGAGGCGACGGGCGACUUGCCGAGCCUUCCGGCGAGCCUGCAGAAGCAUUUGGAAGACACACUCGCACCUGCGGAACUCGACAAGUUGCGGCGUGAGAUGGUCCAGCAUCAUCUCGACCAACAAGUGUUACUUCUUCUGCAACAAAAGCGGAAGAAAAAGGAACUCGAGAAGCACCAGCGCCAUCGCGUUCUUGAGGCGCGCAGGCCGCAUCCGCUCACACUGCAAAUCGACCUCGCGCCGUUCCACUUACGCCUCAGUUCUUCACAACUCUUCGCGCUCCGCCAAAUGCUGUCGCGGGAAGAAGGCGAACAGACGGAAGAGGAGGAACGCAGCGACAGGCUCAAGGGCGGAGAGGAUGACAGGAUAAGCACCAUCGAGCGGAGUGGACACAGCCAACGGGCACUCUGCCGCGAAGGCAGCUUGGGAGCGGCCACCAGCGCACGUGACGAUGAUCUGGCCAAACAGGUGCCGUACGGGGGAGGGACAAGCGACGCGGACGCCCACGAGUGGCCGCCGAAACUUUUGUUUCACAGAGCGCAUGACAGGCGCGCUGACCGUUUCGGUGCGAAGGGCGGCGUGCCCUAUGCAGACGAACAAGAAGCAGACACAGGAGAUGGCGACGAGAACGAGCUGCCGGAUCAAGCGCGAACGCCCUCGGACGUGGCAUUGAGGGAGCGGGCGCACAGCGGCGGAAAUCAAGGAACGCGCACAGACGGGGAGUCUCCGUGCAUUCCGGAGGGAACCUAUGAGGGCAGAAAGUGGUCCGCUUCAAUUGCCGACUUGACAGCGCGUGAGCAGGGGAUGGCGACAGGCAGCAAGGGGACGAGACGGGCAGACGCGCGCGUGAAUAUUGACCAGAGGAGUUCCACCGAAGACGCCGAGGAGCGGCUUCCGCUGUCCGCGUGCUCGUUGGCUUCAACGGCAUCUCCGGCGGACGGCGUCAGCGCGUCCGCAGAUCCAGUUGGCGACGGGGAGCCAGACAGCGGGAACACGCGACGGCACGCAGGCACCGUUACAUCCUCGUAUCUUGUCGGUGAAGGCGGCGGAGCAGAAAACCAGGUGAACCGAAGGGCGGCCGAGGACGAGAGGGUAUCCGCACGCGCGAACGAAGCAGCGACCGAAACACAGCUAUGGGCUGGAGAAGGCGCGAGGCAGAAAGAACCAAGCAAAGACGAAAGAGCCGCUGGCGGGCGGACUUGGGCCAGAUGGGUAGCCGAGCUUCUUCUAGGCAGCAGCAGCGAGGAGGAGGGGGACGCGGGCGACGGUGAAGAGGAACAAGGGGAACAAGCGCCUCGUGUGCCGCCACAGUGUUCUGGAACAGACGCAGGGACUGCGGAGUCGAAGUGUUCUGGCGAGCCACCGUCGACGACGAGGAACCCUUCGCCGGUGUCGCUUUUUGCUGAGAAAGCCGCUGGCGGAUCAGACCCGAAGUCAGUGGACGCCAGGAAGGAAGUACCGGCGCUACGUGUAGGCGCCGGGGACCCAGACGGAGAUUCAAGCUCUCUGCGAACAAGAGCGGCCAACGGAGAAGAACUCGAAACCGAGGGAGAGGUGGAAGGGCCGUGCCAGCAUGACGAGGAAAUAGAAAGUGAGGAGUAUGAGUCAAGCCUUUCGACGGAGGAAGAUCCCGGAGGUGGUUCGCUCUCGUCAGACGAUUCUGCCUUUUUCUCUGCGGAAACGGGGUCCGUCGGCUCGGCCGACGAGUUCCAAGACGACGACAGGCUCCACGAGGACCCAGGCCAGGAGCGUGAACGGGCUUUUCAUGACGCCGCCGCGAGAGGCAAAGGGAGGUUGCCGCCUUCCAGUGAGGUCGACAGGCGCCGUAUGGACAGCUUGAGCCAGGAGGACGUGGACGCAUCGACUUUAUUCCAGGAAGAAACAAGACGAACUUCCCUUCCUUUCCUGACUCGGCUUCAGCGCGCAUGCGGUCCAAUAUUCGUUCGCCUUAAUCUCUCCGCUUUCACCGUAGCUCUCGACCUAGUGACCUUGGAUCGAGGCACAGGGUCGACGCCACUGCGUCGCGCGUCGUCUCGGGCCUUCACGCCAGCGUUUCCCGAGUCGCGUCCUGCGACAGUCUCACCGACGCCGCCAAUCACCGCCUCCUCCGCGCCGUCAUCGCCUUGUGCCGUGGCUUCCCCGUUGCCAGUGUCCGUUCCACCGUCUUCGGGUUCUCUGUCCCUAUCGUCGCAGCCCGUUCGCCCGCCGUCCCCUCCAGGUUCGCCUGUGUUUGUGUCUCGUUCUGUUUCCGCGACGGUGGACACGUCUGUUCCAGAUGCGACACAAGCUACAGCUGACGAGUCUGCGAUGGCAGAGGAUGUCGCUCGUGACCCUAGGCAGGUGGCGAAGCCGAGAGUCAAUCAAAUCCUCCAGCUCGGCAUUGAUGACCUAGCCGCAACGCUGGCCCUCCCUCUGCCCUCGGAAGGGGUCCCAGAAGUCGGCUUCGAAGCACAGGCCGUCUGGGCAAAGGAACGAUGCAACAGAAGUGCUGGAGCCCGGGUGCGUCUUCCGACGUAUGGUGCCUUCUCGCCAGGUCUUGCGCAAGGCCUGUACGACGCCAGGCCGCCGUGCCCAUCUGCUGCGCGCAGCCGAAAAGCUAAAACGCGGCCGCGGGGUCGUCGAGGGCGGAACGAGAGGAGGAGAGCACUUCCCACGCAGACGGAAGUGUGCGAUGGUCGGAGCGAGGAAGGGCCAGAACAGAGAGGGAGACAAUGGGAAGCUGGGGAUCUCGAGGCGGAACUCCCCGCUGCUUGUCAGCAGGUGGAUGAAGUUGAUGCCGAGCAUUAUUUCAUUCUGCUUGGACGGGCGCCGGAGAAUGGCGCCUUCCAAAACAGUGGAGCAUUUGGGCUCGCCCGCAACAUGCCAUCGUCCGGCGCGGCUUCCGCGCCGUCGCCGCGGGCCCUUGCGGGAGACUCGGUCAGGCCUUCAGUCCCUACCCGGCUUCCUGCUGAUAUUUCGACGUCGCGUCCAGAUGGCCGGGGACCAGACGCAGGGGCGCAACGGAGCGCGAUGGACAUGCAGAGUGUCGGCGCGGCACACGUGUCGCAUGCAGGGGCAUCUAGCGCAGGUUCGCCGCCCGCAGGCGUCCGUCUGCUGCACUCGUCUUCGACUGCGUGUGCAUCUGCUACUGUCUCUCCUUUGAACGGAGACGCAGGCGUGGACGCGGUGACAAGUGAGAGCGGUACGCUUGCCUCUCGGCCGCCUGCGGCCUCUUCCGAAAGCAGUCUUUUCUCGCGGCUUUCUUCCUUCGCAUUGUCCUCCUUCGCUCGCUUCGGCAGCCACGAGGCUCAAGCAGACUCUCAGGCCUCCGCAGUGGUUUCGUCAUUCUCGGAGUCCGCUGUAACAGACAGUGCCCAGGCAACACUAGAACACGAGUCGCCGGCAGAACCACCAGCACAUGCUGAGUCGUCUUUGCGUUCCUCUACUGUGUUACCGCGGGCGGAAGAACGCCCGGUCGCGUGUGCUGAAGCGGGAGAAGAAGGUGCUCAGAUGCGGGCGCCUGCGAUUCAGUGCGCGAUUCUUCUUGUCACCGAAGAAAACAUGAACUAUGCGAGGCUUCGGCUGCAGCAAAACCGUGCGUACGGUCGCGAGGCGGCUUUAAGCUGGGACAAGCUGACGGAUCAGUGGAGUCCGGGAAGUUCUUCAGAACCCGCCGUCGCUUCGCUGAGUUCCUCGUCGACUCCGCCGUCGUCGGCGUUGCACCUGGCCGCGGGUUCUGCCGCUCCGACCCCUGCCUCCCGCCGACAGCUGGGGCCUUCGUUCUCUCCCCGCUACCGGGUUUCUCUCGUGCUAGGCGACCUCUCCGUCCGCCUGCGUCCUGUGUCUCUUUUCCCGUCCCUUUGCGCUUUUCUUGUAUCUGGGAGCAGACGCGCGUCGUCGCCGUCGCCCCGACCCAGACAGCGAACGGUGAAGAACGGCGUGGGGCCUUGUCCGGGCGACCGCUCUUUCGGGGCGUGUGAGGUGUCGCCUGCGUCGGCCCAGCGGCGCGCCAGGCGGGACGCACCCCAGCAUGAGAUCGACGAGCCAAACGGAACUGCAGGAAGACGAUCGGAGCGGGGGAAAGAUGGGCGGGAAGAAGGCUCAGACCCGCAUGGCGUCUCGCAGUGCCCGGCUGACGCUGGCAGAGAGCCUGGUGCGAGCGUAGAAAUCGCGGUCGCCAAGCGUCGUCGAGGCUCGGCGGAGGGCUUGACGGCGGCGACUCAAGCGGACGAGGGAGCGAAGAAUGCAGCUUGGCAAGGGGACGAGUCCAGGGAAGAAAUCCGGCGACCGAUAGAGCGAAGAGCUGUUCGCCCUUUAGCUCUCUCCCCGGAGACGCCAGUGUCAGACCCCGUGUCGGCGCCAUUGCCCGCACCGUCAGCUGCUCUUGAUUUCGUUCUUGAGCUUCCUCACAUAGAUUUUGGCAUCCAACUUCCUUCUGCGGAUCCCUGUCGGUUCGGCAGCGACGUGGGGUAUCCUGGUGCCUGUUCCUUUUCAUCAUCUGAAUUGCCUUCGUCGUCAGCCACAUCCUCGUCCCCGGAUGACAGGUCGUCGGCCGCCGCGCAGCUGACAACCCCUGGGGGAGAGGACGAGUGCCGGGGGAUAUCCAAAUACCCCCUCGCGCGCCGUGCACCUUCGUCCAUUUCCCGAACCGCCGGGGUCUUUGCGGUGGAGCCCGUGGCAGUUCAGGCCCCCGUCGAAGGCUUUGCCGAGAGAGAAGAGCGCGCCGGGUGUGACCGUGGAGUACCUCAUGAAGACCGUCUCGCCACCUGUGCGAGGGUGACGAAUCGCGCCGGUGCCUUGUCCGUUUCUCCCGCGUCGCGUCGUCCGUCGGCGCCAGUGCUAGUUCCUGCGGCGACCUGCCAGGCCUCCUUCGCGUUCUCUUCUCUGUCUGUCCGCCUCGCGCCGCCCUCGCUGCGAGCCCUCGCUGCGGCCGUCGUUGCCGUGGAUUUUGGUGUCUCCCUCGUGCUUCUGGGUGUGUUGGGGUGCGUCGUGCUUGAUGAGCGAGAGGACGAACAAUGCGGAAACGGACGUCAAGAACACCCCCGAAGUGGCGACGAACCGGACGGCGAUUUACACGCCACGAACGGGCAGCGACAGAAGCAGGAUGUGUUGUUUUGGUAUUCGUCUCCCCCCCUUGCGUCCGCCUCUUCAAGCCGUCAUCCUCACCUAGCCUGCACGGCUGUGCGUCGGAGUCAAACGUCAGCAACUGAGUAUAACACGCCGACAGAUUCGUUCGCGUUUGCGAGCUUGCAGUGUGUGCGAGGUGUUGACACACCAGAAGGUAGAGCGGCGUCGGUCGCCAGGCUUCCAAUUAAUUCCCUUCGCACCUCGAUUCAUGAUCCGCUAUCGGCCUGUGUGAACGAGGAGGGUCGUCGAGCAGAGAACCCGCAACUGCAUGCAUCGGUCGGCGGCUUCUCCUUCUCUGCGCGUGUCGCGUCCUUCGCAUCUGCGGUGUCUGAGGUUCCGGCGGUCCGUUCUCAGGUCGUGUGUCCGCUUGCGCAGAGGGCUCAUUCGCAUCUGCCGAAAGGCAAGGCCCCAGGGGAGAGACCGAAAGAGGCGACAACCGCCAGCCCGUCUGGGCGACAACCCGAAACCAAAGAACAUGAAGGGGAAGGGCAAAGCGACGCCGAAUUCUGGAAGCGGAUCCUGCUGCCGCAGUGGCGAGACGAUGGCCAGCAAACGACACAACGCAUGCAUCGAGUGGAACUGCCGGGAGAGACGCCUGACCACCCCCACGGCAGUGUCCCAGACAGGAGCGGCCCUUGUUUGGACGUUCCGUGUUUUGCUUUUUCCGAACGGAGUCGUGACGCGAGUCAGAGAGCGGAAGCACUGGGACGCCCAAGACGAGACGAUAGAGCCCAACGAGACGAUGGCGGCGAAUGGUCUGGCCACGACGCGGCGGGGCACAACAGGGUCGCGAGCACCAACCCCGCCACAGCCGGGAUCGGCAAUAGGCGUGGAUGCUUGCCUGGAGAUCGAAUGGCUCAGUACCGCAAUCAGAUCGAGGCCGUUUCCCAUUCGUCUCGCUGGUUCUCUCUCUCGCCACACUCACCCGCAUGGCUACUUCUCGAAACGACAGCGAGAGUGGAGACGGUGCGCGCGUACGCAGUGCCUCUCACAGAAGACAGCCAGCGGCUUUCAAGCGCCUUUGGAGACACGGUGUUGGAGAACGAGGAAGAGGGCCGACACCUUUGCAAGAAUGAUUCUCUCGACAACGCGGCGGGAGAACGAGGGAUACCGGCGACGCCCGUGUUCGACAUAGCGCCGCGCCAGUGCGGAGAUGGUGCGCCCUCGUCGCCUGUUGCUUCGCUCUACUUCCGCGUGGCUUUCUGUCCCGCUCUUUUGCCAAAGGCCACAUCCGGAAACAGCAGCGAUAGCGGCAAGGACUACGAGUCCCGCGGGUUUUUUCCUUGCUCAGGUCGCGCCCCUUGGCCAGCCUGCGCGUAUCCGCUGUCGGGUACCGCUGCGCUAGGGGCUGUGUUGCGGCCGGACGCCCUUCUCGGCAGGUCAGCAGAAAGGGACCAGGCGGUGGACGAUCAAGAGAGGGAUCUGUUGACAAACCGGCCGGACUGCGCUCCAUCGGGUGAGACGCAGGGAAACGCCUCCCUCUUUUUUUUCUUCCAACCGUGUCUAGACGCCUCCGCCGCCAUCCUCCUUCCCCCACCUCCUGCCGGCGCCUCUCCGCGGUCGCUGGUGCUCCCCGCCGUCGCGGCCUGGCGACGCGUCAGAGAACCCCUUUUUUACCUACGUGUCUGUGAGCCGUCUCCGCGCCUCAGCCAAGGGGCUGCGGCGGAAGGGAAACAGCGGGUCUCGAGGUCGAACGCUGGUGUUGACUCGGUGGUGUCUUCCCCCGCUGGUUUCAACCUCCACGUUUCUCCAGAUUGGCUGGUUGUCGUUGGCGAGACAGUGGCGAUGGCGUCGUCCGUGCGCUUCCCAGCGCUCGCGGCCUGUGUUGCUGCCGCCGCGUCGCUGUCAGAAAAAGGCGAAUGCGCCAGGAUUCCCGGCGGUCGACUGCCCGCGCGGGGGCUGCGAUCAGGUCGCCGUGAAUGCACGAAUGAGAGGGGGAGGCGAGAAGUCGGAAUCGAGGAAGCACAAUGUGUACCAGAGAAAGAGCCAUCCGCCGAAGGACUUUCUCAGGCGACAGACGGCACCGCCGCGAGCGUCACUGGAGCCUCUUCCAUGCCCGCCCGCGUUGACGGCUCAACGACGGCCAAAGUGGUGAAGGCCACGGGAUCGAGCCUUCACGCGACGUUUUUCUCGGAUGAUGGAGCGCGCCUCUGUCGCUGGCUUCACGACUGCCAACACGCGCUGAGCGACGCCAAACACCUCCGUGCAGAAACGGACGUUGCAUCGUUGGUUUUGGCCUCCCUUGUCGUCCCACGCGAGCCAUCCUGCGGCGUGGGCGGGUCUGGAAUGAAGGAGACGCCGGGAGGUUGUGGGAGUGCAAGAAUACCCAGCGCACGACGAAGUGGGACACAUGGAGUUGGCGACAACAUGGAUAGGUAUUCUGGUGUAGAGGCGGGCAACCAAGAGCCAUGUCUUGGCGGUGGAAUGCCUCAUGGCCGAUUACCUGAGGAGGCAGGAAGGUCAGCCCCUUAUGUCCACGUGGACAGGACGCGGCUAGCUUCUACUGAGUGUGAAGUGCGAGGCGGCGAUGACGUGCACGAUGCUCCGCGCGGGGCAUCCGACCCGUUUGGCGGCGCAACGUACACAGAUCCUGGAGCGGAGAGAAGACGAAAGUCAGAAACCGAAAACCGCGGGCUCACGACGGGAAGGAACAACCCUGCAGGGGGGCCAGGAUCGUCGCGUGGCCGCGGAAGUUCUCCCGCGGCAACGAACCAGCGUAAAGGAAGCCAACAGCCGCCCCAGAGAAUCUGCUCGAGCGAAUUUGAUGAAGCACAGCGGGGAACGGGCUCGUGGAUGAAACAUCUAGGCCUCGCGCUGACGUUUUGCAUAAGCGCCGAGACGCUCUGGAUGGCUGACGGAGUGGAGCUGGAUCCGUCAACGCGGGGGUUUGAUACGAACGACAGCGGCCGUGCGAAGCGGACCCGAAAGCCAACUGAGCGGGGUGCAGACCACAGCGCACACAACGCCAGGGAACCGGCGCCUGCCUCCGGCGUGGUACCCCUUCUCCCCGAUGUACCUUCUGACCACCUGUCACCGUGUUGCCCGGCGUCAGCGCCUUGGAUAAACGGGUUACGGUUGGCUGUCCCUGGCAUAUCCGUGUGCGUGUGGCGCCCUCCGUCGGGCAUGAGGCAGGGCAUCUCCGGAACUUCUCUUUCGCACGCGCACGCGUCCUGGAAGUCGUCCGUGGUCGGUGCCUCAGUCACAAGUUCGGUUCGCGAAGUCAACGUUGAACUACAGGUAUGUUUGGACCCUCUCGAGGUGGAGUCCCUUCCUCAUUCCCAUGACCUGGAGCUUUCAGCGCCGUGUUCCCCGUCGCCAGUCGACGAAGGCGAUGUAACGCCCGAGGCCGACCGCCUGGCGCCGAAACUAAAGAGGGGAAAGGCAGAGAAAGCUGUGACAAUCGCUUCAGCACUCCCACCGCCCGCGCAGCGUGCAAUUCCCUGCUCCACAUCGGUGAAUCCCAUACCGCCCGCCUCGUUCCCUUGUUUAUCGGAUGUGGGGAGCCGCCAGAGCGCCUUCACAUCCAGCACCGCGUCGACUCGCGCGCAAGGCAGCGCCACUGCUAUCGUUUACAACGGUGGGAAGGAUGGCGAGAUGGGGCGACGCGCUCCAGGAGGCAAAACUGUGACGCUGCGAUUGCCACGUGGACGAUCCACUACUGAUGCGGUGACUCGAUUUCCUUCGUCGACUUCGUCUGCGCCGUGGACGUCUCCGCGUGCUGCUCCGGAUUCCCCCUCCGAUCUGCGUAUUCCAGGCCUCCCCGACUCAUGCACCGUCUUGCUGGAGCCUUGUGAAGUUUGUGUCUCGUCGUCCACCCGCGCAUCUACCGUCCAAUCUAACAAGGGCGCCUCUGUUCCCGGUCCCGCAUCGCCUGCUGCUGCUCCUCGACUGGAGUCACGGUCGGCCUUUCCGCCAGCGUCGCUGGUUCUUCGCCGCGUGUCACAGGCUUUGGGGAAGUCCACUGGAUGCCUCUUUGAGGCCUUCCCUUCUGACGCAACUGCCGCGUCAUCUGAGGAACCGCAUGAAGAGAAGCAAAGCGUACCCGCGCCGUCAGCCUCGUGCGUUGAUUCGUCUCCCACAGGACUCACGAUGAAGUUGGGCGUGGCGACCGAAUUGCGAGUCUCUCCCAUCCGUGUCCACUGUGAGAAUCUGCAGGUGUUUCACAUUCUCCUGAGCUUUUAUUAUUUUGCCCGAGGCCAUCUGUUGCGGCUUCAAAGCACUCUGGGAACACCUCGGGUAAUCUCCCGCAGCCCAUCCGGGAGCAACGCGAGGCAUGCGAAUAGACAAACGAGACGGUCGAGACGGAGAAAAGGUGACGUACAAAUCAACGGGGAGGGAUGGGCGCCUGCGCUUGGCGGUCUGUCAUGUGAAGACCGAGGAUGCGGAAGGAGCCUCAAUACAGGUGCAAACGACAGCGCAGCCAAUUGCUGCGUUCGGCGAGAGCACGGAGGUACCUCAUGUUGGGCGGGCAUCUCCGGCGUACGAGCCGGAGCAGCACGAGAGGUAUACUUCCAAGAUGACGGAGACCGCAAGGCAGAUGCAGGGGGUGGCGAGGUUGCGGGACCGGAAGACGAAGACGAGUACUGCGAGGCGGAAGGAUGGCAAGACGUCGCAGGAAACCUUUGCGCGCAGAGGGGUGGAGCGUGUGGACGCCAUAGCCUUGGACCUUCGGGUUCGUCGCCUUCUCACGUCGUUUUCCAUGUAGACAGCAUUGACAUCUUUCUUCCUCCCAUUGCCUCGCUCGCCUCCUGGUCUUUGCCCUCUUCUUCGUGCGUGCCUUCAACAACUCGGGGUUCGUCUCCAGUCCGUGGUGCUUCGCCUCCCCACCUUUCGCUCGGGUGUCUGACACUGGUUCAGUCUCGGACGAUAGCCGGCGAGCUGUCUACGUCCCGGGCACCCGCAGAUCUCCCGAAUGGCUACAGCUGCCGCCGCCCCACCGCCAGGAGCCGGAAUGAUGGGAGUUUGCCGUGUAGCGGAGACACAUCCACACGCGGUGCCGGAAGGAAGACUCGAAAGAUCAACAAACAGGUGAAGCUGCCGCCGAGCGUGGACUCACAGACGACCCACAUUUUCCUCAGGCAAGGCGCGGUGUCCGCCGGCAGCGGGGGAUUCUUCGUUUUUGAGCCUGACGAAGGCAGCGGCAGACCAGCGGAGAGCGAAAGUGAAAAUGAGGCAAACACGGAGGUCGCGUGUACGACGCUGCAGCAUCAUACUCCACUCGCCGACGGAAAAGCCCAGACGGACCAGACCGACAGAGACAGUCGAAGCUCUCCCUCCUGGUGCCUUGCAAUCUGCCUCGCACGUGCCUGGGCCUGCCCGCCAAGUGGUUGCUGUCGGGACACGACGCGUCGACACGGAAACAGCUUCUCUGAGGGGACGGAACGGCAGAAUGCGUGCAGCGGCAAACAAGGCGAAGAAACGUUUUCUGUACAUGGCCAGUGCGGCUCCUUCCAGGGUGUCCUGAAUAUUCCUGCACUUCUCAAAGGCGCGACGGCGUUCCUCCGCUUUCACCGCGCAAUACAAGGGGAUGCCGCCCUGCUGGACGCCUGCUCGGGGCCCACGUACACCCAGAGGGGACACACGCAUGGGGCGCCCGCAAGCGGAGAGCACAUAGAAGGCACAAACCGCUCUCGUCCUGUCGCCAUGGUGGGAACGUCUCGGAAGCUUGAGGUGGCGGUGGAUAACAGACGUGAGUGUAAGCGCUGCGGCCGUCCCCCGAACCGCGUCGCAGCGUCUGCCGGGUCCCGCUUCGUCUCUGCGAGUCACGCCCCCGCUGUGCCCGUUCUGAAGACGUGCUUCACUAUCAAGCGCUGCUUCUUGGUAUUCUGUCGGGACGAGGUUCCAGGCGCUAUCGAGGCAUGCGACGACGACGAUGACGCAGAGAGAGAAGGAGCCUCCAGUGCUCCCAAGAGGCCGCUUGACACCCGCCGGCGUCCAGUUCGUGCUUCGGCAGUCCCCGGGGCAACUCCGUCAGAGGCGCACGAGGCCAUUAGUGUCCUUUUCAAGGGUGUGGUCGUCGCUACGGUUGCUCCUGACUCUCGCUCUUGUGCUCACGAGUUAGUUACUCUUUCCAGUUCUUUGUCCGUUCCGCUGCUCUUGCUCUUCCCACCGUCGUCCUCUGAGUCGCGCCCUUUUUCCGCGCUCACGUGGCCUGCGGCCAAGCGGCCGGUUUCAGCCUUCUUCUCGUCCUCACGUUCCCGCUCUGCGCACCACGAAGUCCAGUCAACUUCUUCAUCUGCGUUUGCUGCUCCUCCGGCUUCCUCGGCCCCCCCUCAGCGGCGGCCAGUGCAUGCGUUUUGCUCGCGGAACGCGACAGCUCAGCCCCAAUGUGACAUGGGCCUCGAAGCUGCCUCCAUCCGGCCCCCAGCGGAUAGCAGCGAUGGUGAUCCAGGCGCACGGGGGCCACGCGACUGGGUUGUUGACGCGACUUACGCGCGGGCGCUUCCACAGUUUCUUGAUAGCUUACGAGUGUCGGAGCAAUACUGGAAUUUGUCUGCUGAAUCUUUUGGUGUCUACGCGUGUCGCCCUUGCCUGGGGUCUCCGCAUUCCGGGGCAAGCCAGCGCCGACGCCGGCUCAGUUCGCGGGGCACUCAUCGCACAUCAAAUGAGUAUAAAACGACCAGGGAGUCGCCUGCUUCAGCGCCUGUGUCUCCCUUGUUUAGCUCUUCGUUUGCCCUUUCCUGCGCUCGGUUCCGGUACAGAGAAUGGCAGUGGGAGAAAGCGCCGAUUCUUCUCCCUGCUCAACUGAAGGCUACGAUUUUGACCUAUGCGGUACAGCGCUGGGGGCGCUGGUCUCCCAAUGCCCCUGGGGUGGCAACGGCCGUGGGCUGUGGAGAAGUUCCCAAUCACAAGGCAGGCAUGCCGGAUGCUAUGGAAUGGGCAGACGCAUCGGAAGACGGCGGGGAAGGAGCACAGGGCCCAGGGGGCAUAGGCUGGUACACCGAGCUGCACAUCGACGCGGAGUUAUUGCCUGCUCGCAUACGGGGAAGCGCCACGAAACUCCGUUUGCUUGUUGACAUUCUGGAUAGUUUCGUUGCUGACAGUGCGUCAGGUUCUGAGAGCAACCCAAAAACUCAAGAACGGACAAAGGCCGCUGCUGCCUCCUUGCCAUCAGCCUCGCCCCCGCUGUCGCCGGCAUGCUCCACUCUUUCGUCUGCCUCUGAGUUCUUCUCUGUUGGCUCCGCAUGCGGGCGUGGAAUAGAUGCAGCUGGAGGCACGUUUGCGCUUGUCCCUUACCUUCUGCUGCUGCCUGGAGAGUUCCCCGUAUCCUCUGCGGCACCGGAGCGCGGCCACAUUCCUGUGGGGCACACCCGGGCAGCGCCGUGUGAACAGCUGUCGCGCGUCGGUGUCUCGUCAAGUGGUGCCGCAGCUGCCCAGCCGAUGAACAACGGUCGCGCUCCUGAGACGGGCCACCCGCCACGCAACGCUACAUCCGUUUCGCUUCCCCCCGAGGAGGUGUAUGGCGUCAAACUCUCUCUGCGUCCGCAUCCUCCUUUCCAAACCCACUCGUUGGUAGACCCCCAAAGGAAUGAUCCAACGUUGUCCGUGCCAUCCGAGCGGUUGUCGACUUCUUCGAGCGCGUCGCCGCCAUCGAGCCUGCCGUCUACCCCCGCCGCCUCUGGCUUCGGCCUUCGGUUGUGGGCGGCAGUUCCGCUUCGCUCGACACUCCACUGCACUUCUCUCCGUGUGCGCUCGGGGAUACUCUCCGUGCAGUGGCCCUACGACGUCGCCACGUCACUGUCGUCUUUUCCCUGCUUCGCGUCGGCUUCGCCGUCACCCUCCUCUCCGCCGCCCAGUCACGGGGAAGAGCCCCUGAUCGAGUUGACUGCCGCCUGUGCCACUGUUGGGUUCUGCCAAGCCACGGGACGGACUGUUUUAGUCUCGCCCUUCCGUCCACUCUCCCCGUCACGUUUGGGGUGCCCUGCUUCCCCACCCCCCUCUCGGAGCUCUUCGCCUCCGCGCGGCUUUGCAGCUUACCCGCCACACGCGUGCCUGCUUUGCGCCACAGCCGUCGAGCCGCGGCGGCGAGAAGGCUCCGGUCUCAAGCUGCGAGUCGGCCUGACGGACGUCGCCCUCGACGUCUUUGAUUCCCGCACACUUUUGCCGCUCCGUGUCCUGCGCCCUUGUUCUCUCCUGGAGCUUGUCUACUGGGGCAAUGCAAAUGCGAGCGUCGCGGACGUUAUCGCGAGCGCUGUCCGCAGAACGAGGGAGGGCGGUGAGCGCAUCCCCACAAGUCCAGGUGCAUGCGCGCAGAGCGCCGCGGAAGCUGAGCAUCGCUGGCCGGGCGCGUCGGCUGCAUGCUGUUCGACUUGCGGUUCGACUGGUGUGUCACACGCGACAGCGGAAACAGGGCGUGCGAUCGUGUGUUCACCUGCAUGUGCUGACCCGAGUCUUGUUCUCCCCAUCUCUCUGCGGGAAGAGGCCCGAGCGCGCUCAGGAGUUAAGCUGAAUGUGGCAGGCAAAGCGGAGUUGAUAUUGGAUCCCUACCGCCUCUCCCGAAUUCUUCAGGCUGGGUGGAUGCUCUAUUCUGCGACGGCCGCUCUUGGGGACUCUCCUCCUGACACGGGACCCGCCUUGCACCCUGCGUCCCCUUCUCUGGUCGACAUUGGAACGCCUGAUCAAGACAAACAGAGAGAAACCGGGCGCGAGCAGGUGCCGCCUGAUCAUGCCUUCUUGCCUGCAGAGGGCAGUGCUCAUUGUGACAGACCGGAGGCGGAAACGCGAGAAGAAAGGGGGAAGCUGCUCGAGGCUCCCACUGUUUCAGACGCGAGACGUGGCACGCAGUCCGCCGGAUCAUCCGUCAAUCGCGGAUCUACAGGCAGUACAGGGCUGGACGCUAGCGCGAAGGAAAAGGGAUCAAACCAAGGCCGACGACGCCCGCAGAUGUUCCCGUGCCGAGCGUAUCCUCUCUCCCCUCGAUUGCCUUUAAUAAUUCACAAUCUUCUGCCCAUUCGCAUCGCCAUCCAGCAAUCCCGUUUCCCUGCUCCAACGUCUUCUGCCUGGACUCGGUCCUCGCCCGCUGUGGAGUCGGCGACGCUCUUCGCCGAACCCGGAGGCUUCGUCUGUCCCAUCUGGUCGCCGCCUCCAGUCUCGCUUUCCUCUCAAACCGAGAGGCAAGUUCCUCAGAACAUCUCGGAAAAUGAGAGAACGGCGGAGGCUCCUGAGUCAUACACGGGAACCAUCCCGCCGCCGGUCGUUCAGCUGCAGCAUAUAGGCUUCCAAAUUGCAAUGGCGAGUGCCUCCGGAGGUGACGACAAAAAGGCAACUCAGGCGCACACAGGGGCGUGGACACAGCCUGUCGCGCCGGAGACGGUCCUUAAAUCACGGGUAGGUUGCGUUGCUUGGGUCCGGCGCCAAUUCAGCUGUUCGUUGUCUUCGGUGUCUCGUUUGCAUUUUGGCUCCGCAUGUCCGGACGGCACGGAGACGCACGGAGACGCCGGCCAGGAAGAUGCAUGCACCCAGGCAGAACGGACACCAGAGACAGGCACAGGAGGGGACAGGAGACCGGGAGGUCGACAGGCUCCUCGGAGUUCCGAGCAGGAACCAGAGACUUCGCCUGGUGGUGGCAUCUUAUUGCCUGCCGCAACACAGGUCAUGCACAAAAAGGCCAAUUUGCCUUCGACAUCCGAGUGGAAGGACAAAACGGAAUAUAUGAGAGGAAACGGAUUGGAUGUGCGUCCUGCUUAUCCGCAAGCCUUCGGGUAUCCGGUUUUUCUUCAUCUGGUUCGCGUUAAUCCUCUUCAAAUCAAAUGCACUAUCUACCCUCCGCUUCUCCUCCAUUCUGCUUUCCCCAACCUGCUACUCAGCUGCCGCCUAAGGCCGCUAGAGCGCCGACGCGAUGAGAGACGAAGGACUAUCGCUGGUCGGGAGGAGGAAAGUGACGACGCGCGGAGAAACGAAGAGACAAAGGAUGAGAAAGCACACCGCCGGUGUGGCCUUCUGGCUCCUUUGAUUGUUGCGUCCCUGCCUGGAGAGGACGAAGCUGAAGAAGAUGAGGAAGAGGGAUGUUGCACACGACGCGAGGCCGAGAGACAACCGUAUACAGCCAAUAUUGAACGCUCACUCGGCACCGGUGAGGAGGACACAUGCGCCGCGUCUUCCUUCGUUCCUCCUGGGAGUGUUGCCCUCACCUCCACCCGUUCGUGGGCCAGUGUUAUGAUACCCGCGGAGCCCGGAGAUGCCGUCUGUUCGUAUGGGCCCUCUUUCUCUAGUUCUUCUCCUUCGCCGUACGCCUCUUCAGCAGCCGUGGCUCUGAGUCUUCGCGCGGCCCCUUCAAACGCCAGUCUGUCGCUUCGCUCCAGCGCGCAGCGUCACCUCCAAAGCGAGGAAGACGUCGAAUGCGCACACGCGAGUGGCGACCAGACACAGUGCGAGCCAGAAUCUAGAGGGGGACGAAUGGAACGAUCGUCAACGCCUCCAACUGUGAGCUCUGCUGCGUUAUCGAAGGCUUUGGAGGUACCACACUUCUUCGUCCUUGGAGAACGCAUGAGCCAAGUUGAGAGGCGCACCAAGCUGGUCGAGGAGGGCCCUCUCUGUGCCUCCCCCCCUGGGGCUUCGCUCUUUGAUUCUCGUUCGCCGAGCAAGCCGCGAAGGCAUCAGCUGCUGUGCCGAUCCGUGUUGUGUUCCUCUUCGCUGCGCCCGCUUCGCUGCUACCUCACCGCGCCGUGGGUCAUUCGCAACUUUUGUCCCCUUGGCCUGGCCCUGCGAGGCGUGUCUGGGGUCACGGUCUUCGUCCCUCCUUCGUUUGCUUCAACCGCGGCCUGGUGUGCUCGCGCAUCCGCCGCAGCCGGAAUGGAGAGGACGAGCGCGCGAGAUGAGGAAGCCCAAAGGCACGAUACGUGCACCGUCAAACGCGAUCCCGCAGACGACAAUCCUCUCUCCUCGUUGCCAGCGCCGCCCCAUUCGUCCGCAUGUUCAGUUCUGUACUCCACAGAGCUCGGGUGCAUGCAAGGUGAUCCGCAUCUUCCGUUGCUGGCUUUCUUCGGCGUGUCCCUUCCUCGCUUUCCCCUCGCGCGCCCUUCGCCAUCAUCCCUGUCGGACGCCUUGCCUCCGCAAGACACGCAAACAGAGGCGGAUCGCCCUGACGCAGAAGCAGGAGGGCGGGCAGCGGUCCCGGAUCACGCCCACGCGGUUCGCGGUCCGCCUCGUGAAGGAUCGGAGUGUGGCGGGAGCGAAGGCAAUAAGCCACAGAAAGUGCAUACACCGUCCAGCAAAGUGUGGAAUCGAGAGGCACCAGCCACGCCCGAUGGUGCCGUUCCGUUCCCGAUGAGCAGCCUUGCUUCGCCGAGCGACAACACGCGAGAGGCGGCGAUGGCGCCGAUCUUUUGGACGCAGACGCUCCAAGUCUGUCGUGUGCGAGAGACCACCCGCGUGACCGUCCCUCUUUUGGCUUCGUCUGACUGGGCCCACGGUGGAACCAGUGAGCCUCUUUCAUUAUUCGCCAACCAUCCCAUGUGUCACCGGAGCGAUGCUCCUUCACCGGACUCUUCCGGGACUGAGUCCGCCACUACGUGCGCGUCUUGUUCUCCGUCGUCCGAGACGAGUUCCCUCGCGUCUGUUCCGUGUGCCUCCUUCCUGGUUCAUGUACGCCACCUUUCGCCGCCCUACGAUGCUUCUCACCCGGUCGUUGUCGUCGAUAUCUGCCCGCCACUCCGCAUUCGCAACGGGACCCCCUACACCCUCGGGAUGGCGUUUGGAGGAAGCGCGGUUGGGACCGCAAGUCAGGAGGUGGAGACCGUUGCCCACCAGGGAGUGUCCGCCUCGUUUGUGCCGCCCUCACCGCCCCGGCCGAGCGAACACUGCAUCAGGCCAGCAGGCGAAAGAGACGGAGACAGGUGCGACCCACCGCUCUGUCCAGCUCGGCUCGCACCUGCAACUGCGCGAGCGAGAGCUACCGUUGCGCGCGCCGACCCGCGUGCGCUUGCCACAUACCUCGCCGUCGGUUGCUCAGCCUCUGAUCAACAUCCGGUACCUCCGGAGCGGCCUCUUCGUCUGGCGUGUCAAACGAAACAACACCCUCCGAGAGACCAGAGCUGCGACUGUUUCGAGGCGAUCGGACGCGAGGCUCUCCACUUCGCUCUUGGCCCCGGGUUGUACGUAUCGCCGCCCGCGUGCGCGACAUCGGCUGCCUCGGCGGCGCAGACGUCGCGAGAACAAAACGGAAGAAACGGAAACGAGGAAGAAUUUGGAGGAGAGGAAGGAAACGACCAAGGCGUGGCGUGCUGCCUUUUCCCUCUCGGAGCGGCCGCCAUCAUGCACGUCCUCGGCGUGCGCCUUUGUGGCCACAAAGGGCAGCUGCCGCUGCUUCGAGAUCUCGCUACCUCCGGCGGGAGCCGAAGGGCUGCAUGUCCAGUUGCUAGCGAAGCCGAGUCCGCCGAGAGUUGGUUAGCUGGACCAGAUGCGCGUGCGUCUCCCUUUCACCCUCUUUCCCCUUUGGGUCGACCGGGAGGCUUAGAAGGGGAGGAAGCCUGGGAACCCCUUUUUGCCGAUGCUCCUUUGGAAGUUCAUGUUGCAGAUCUGACCGGCUCUGUGUUGUCUCCAGGAGGUUCCCUUGCCCACGAUGCUUUCACUCAUGAUGAUCCAAGAAUGCAAAAGAAGUCAAAAUCCCCCGAAACGGCGCUCCAGUCUGCCGACACCGGAACGCUUAACUCACCUGGUUCGCGCAGUGUGCCUCUGCCGUCGCUUUCUCCCGCUCCCACCACGCGUUUCCAUUCCCCGUGUUUCUCGUCCUCUCCUCAUUCCUCUGUGUGUUCACCUCCGCCUUGUCCGCGUUUCGCCGUCGGGUCCAGUCCCUCUCCGUUGUCGUCUCCUCACGCAACGGCUUCACAUGCUGGAGAGGUCAGCACUUGGGUUCGACCUGAGCACCUACGUCUGCCUGUUCUGUGGACACGGAGUGUCGCGCUACGCCUUCGAGAUGGUAUGGGCUUCGGCGGUGUGCCUUGGCCCAGGACGGACAGCGAAAAGGCAAACGGCGGUAGACAGAGGCCGAAGCCUACGCAGCCAACGUGGGCUGCGGGAGGAUGUGUUCGGGAUGCACUCCUUCUCGUUCGCCGAGCGUGGCUCUCUUCACCUUCGUCUUCUUCCUUGUCGGUUUCUCGCCCGUCUGGAACUGCGUUCGUUGCUAGGGGCCGUCUUCCUGCCCUGUGGGAAGCAACGCUUCCGCUUCAAAGGCAGGUUGUUCAUCCAUCCUGCGUGGAGCUCAUCAGUUUGAGUUUUGGUUUGUUCCAGGCAUCUGGGGAGAUGCUGAUCGAUGUCUUUCUCUCGCCCUCCCCAGCGCCGGUCACCGUUGUCAACCGCACACCAUUCCGUCUAGCGCUCUCCUCUCUUCAUGUCUGCCGUGGGGAGAAAUUCCCGACGGAAAUGUUCCCUCGACUUCCCUCUUCUCCGCUGGUAUCGCUCGAACGUCUCGAGAGUGACCUACCGGGAAGGCAAAGGAGAGAAGACAGCGGACGCGUAGGACCAGAGGGCGACGAAAGAGAGCGAGACGGUUCUGGGACUUUGUCCUCCAACGCGGGGGGGCUAAGGGGACUUUCGCCGACUGCAGUCACCCCCAACGUGCCUAUGAUUGAGAUUCCCAUUCCGUCUGGAGAACAAGCAAAACUCCCGUGUCCCUUGUUCCGCUCCUUCCACAUUUUUGAUGAAUCUGGGGACGGCGACAGGUCCAUGGCGGGCGACAUGCAGAGCCCAGAAGACCCCGCAGCGUCAGCCGAGCCCGAUUCAGAAAGUCCGUUCAAGAAGGGAAUCGAGACAAGAGGUUCAUGCUUUCGAGGGAGCGGAGGCACUCUGGAAAGAAGAGAAAGGCCGCGGAGUUCUUCAAAGUGCAGCGUUGCUCAAGAAUAUGAAGACGUCUCGAACGCUUCGUUGGAGGAGCGGCUCGCCCACGAGUUCUCGAGUCACAUGUGCGGGGUAAUCGAUACGAAUGGAGACGAAUUCAGCAGCAGCGGUACUACGAGCCAAGCAGGAAGACGUGAGGAAGCGCUGACACUUUGCAAGCGUCCUCAAGCCGAUGCUGACGCCGGUCAGCCUUCGCGCCUAUUGCCAAACGCACGCACAGGCUGUCAAAGCAUGAUCGGCCUCCGCAUAUGCGCGCUCGCCGACUCGGGUCCGUUCCCGUCCGCCGCUGAAGGUAAGCUGCAGGGUCUUCUGUCGGACAAGCAUCAGCAAACAACAGGUGAAAACGAGAAGGUGAUCGAUAGGUUCUUCCAGUUCAGCGGUGGGCAGCCCGCUCCCAACUUGGCUGUGUCGCCGUCGGUCUCGGUGCCCAGACUGCCUGCUUGUUCUUGCUGUGCCUGCACACCCACUGAGGGCUUUCCGCCUCAGCAGUCGUCCACGCUGCCUUCUCUGCUUCGCGACUCGUCCUCUGUUGUGGGGUUCUGGUCUCCGUUUAUAUCGCUAUGUUCUUUCUCUACGCAGUACUUCCUGGUUUCCGAACUCCCUGGUGGCUUUCGCUCAUUUCUAGCCGCCUUCCUCCAGCAGGAUCGCCCCUGUCCGCUUCUUCCCUCUUCACACUCUGAGUUGUCGUCGUUUACGUCGUGCGUUCCUUCGGUGGGCUCUCCGUCACUGUCAAAAGUGUGUUCCUUCUCUCAAACGCGUCCGGGUCCAAGGCAUCUAUCCCCGCUUCGCCGUUCAGCAUAUUCACCGGUCUCAUCCGCGCUAUCGUCAUGGUGUUAUGGUCACAAGCACGAGUGCGAUCUUCUGGAGAACAUGGAGGGAAUGUUUUCGCCGCGUUCUCUGUUCGCUCCUCGUCGGCCGUCCCUCGUCGGCAAGGCGCCUUCAGCGGAAGAGCCAUCCGGCGGUUGUAUAACCGUCCGAACCGAGUACACCGGUACAAAUACAUAUAUAAUUUGCGAUUUCGUUACCCUCCCAGGAUCCCUCGUUUGGCAAGCGACGGCGCGUGCUGCCUCGGCUUCUCCGUCGCCCGAACGUCCCUUGUCCACAUCAUCCCUAUUCUCGGGAUUGACCUCUCCCUCCCGAACUCAUUCGGUCCCGUCGUUUCUUUGCGCCGACGGCAACACAGGGCCCAUGUCGCGCAGCCUGUCCACUGCAUCGCUGGUGGAAGGAGGAACGAACGCGUCUGCGCUUUUUCCGGGAAACGUACGAGAAAAACGCCAAGAUGCCGAGAAGGUUUGUUGUCAGCGGUACUCGUCGUACUCGUCGGUGGCCCGGACAGUUGACACUGAACCUGUCAUGCGGGAUACAAGCCAAGAUGGGGACCUUCUUCACGUCAUUCGCUCUUGGGAGCACGCCGUGAAGCGCGUUCUGACGCUCGAGAAGCUGACGGCGUUGCUUCUACAGGAGCGGCAUCGAGGAAACGAGACGGAACCAGGGGACUGCUCCGAGGCGCCGAGUACAGGGACGCAUUCAGGCGAACGAGGAGAGAAUGAGGAAGGUCACCCGAAGGACGAAAGGCGAAACGGUGGCGACGCGCACGACGCUACAGUGGCAAACUCAAAGGAAUUUUCACUUGCCAUUCUUUCACGUCAAACCGGCCAUUCGCAUAGUGACUGGAAACGUCCCUUCCAAUGCGAGAUAUCGAUUCAAGAAUUGGUGGGGCACUUUCUCCUUGUGACCUCAUCGUCGGAGGUGUUAACCCAUAAAGACGGAGAUGUCACAGUUGACAGCUGGCGCGUAGGAAAAAACGUCUCCGUCGUCCAUCUUACGAAUCUCUUUUAUGCCACAUGGAGUAGCCAGCAGUUCUCCUUCUGGCCUUCUUUAUGCUCUCGAGGCCAAUCCAUUAGUCACUUCUCCUCUCUCUCGUCUCUUGGCGUUCAAAUGUUCGCCGCCCCCAACCCAGGGGCUCUCAGCGACGUAUCAUCUUCGUUUUUUCGGCAGGUGCUGUCGUCUCCUUCUCUCGCGUUUUUCGCUGCGUUCCACAGUGUCUCUGAAUUCGUAUGCUUAGCCGAUGGGAGGCAGAGAAAUUCGGGCGAGGAGGAGUCCGACGUUUCGCCUUCUUGCCGUGGCAUGUCUGUCCACCUUCGCGUAGGGCAGAGACAGACGAUGCGGUGCGUACCACAUCCUAGUGAGAGGGAAAUGAUUGACGAAGGGCCACCUGGCAUAAUUGUUGCCAGGGUAAAUGAUCAUCUUCUUCGUUUCAUUUCGGCAUAUACGAAAGCGCUGCGCCAACUUCUACAUGUCGAUGCGUCCAGCUUUUUCGGCUCCAAAUACCCUUCAUCUUCAAGCCAAGUGGCCCAAACCCCGCAUGCCCCUCUACCCUUCUGCUGUUCUGAGUCUUGCCCUCCUCUUCCUCUUGCCGAUCUACCUCGGCCGCUCUCCGACGGCAACGUGUUCUUCGUCCUUCGGUUACCGUCUGUCUUUCGUUUUCCAUGCUCGAGGUCUUCGUCGGUUGGGCAGCAAGGGAGAGUCGAGUACAACGCAUCGCUGUUUCCGUCUCUUUUCGUUGUCCCUACUGAUCUGCUUUCACUUCCUGCUCUCUUUGCUUCUUCGCCUCCUCCGUCUCUCUCGGCUUCUUCGUCUCUCUUCGAUUUAAUGAUCGUUAACUCUAUCUCUGUUUCCCCAAUCCCCCUGGACAUUUCUGGGCGUUUGACAUCGGUUGUCUACAUUUCGUUUUCAUCGCUUUCUCUCACGUUACCUCGCCUUUUUGUGUGUCGCGCCGUAGCACCGCCAUCAGUUGUGAUCCAGGAAUUGUUGGCGCACUACAGCGCUCUCCUGCUGCUUCGUCUGCCUUCCCUCUUUACAUCACUCCAUCUCCUGGGGAAUCCGACACAGGCAGCUAAGCACGUGAAGCAAGCUUUCGCGUCGAUCCGUGACCGGCUUCGCCACUCUCCCAUGGCGCCUCGUGAACCGCCAAUAGGCGCGCUUGGUGCCGCGGAGAAGUUUUGCCUGCACGCCCUAGCUGUCGGGUUUUCAUCCAUUGGCGCCUUUGCGGAUGCCGUGCGUCAUAAUCUCCCCCAGACAGUAGAGGACAAAGAGAAGGACUUCUUCUUUCUCGACGGCGACUCAGACGACUACAGCUAUAUCGAGUUCGCUCCCCCUGACCACGCGCCUAGUCUGUCGCACCGUCAACCAACAGUGGAUAUCGUUAACGCUAACCGAAUGCGAACGAAGGCCGCCGGCGCUAAUGGAGAACGGGAAGGUGAAACGAACCGCGGGUACACUUGGAAUGCGAAGACGGGUCAUCUGGAUGCGAAGGAAGUGGAAGGGGCAAGACAGGGAGGAAACAACAGAUGGAGAGAAUUAAUCAAAUCCGGGAGCACAAAAAUAGUGCACUUCGCCACUCUACCGCUGGGCUCAUUUUUGGGGGCCAUUUCAGCUUUGUCGCACGCGUGCACGCCUGAACUUUUGGACGUAUCGGAAGAAUGGCAACACUCUGUUCACUGUCGGUGUUGUAUGGAGGCGGUUCGUUCUCUAUUCGACACUGUCGACUUCGGUGAUGUCCCUCCAUCCCACCCCUAG